GACUUCAAAAUCGAUGUACCUGUGGAAAUCCGCUCUGCAAAUAUACAUGCAAUCCUAGUUAUGAAUCUACUGCGUGAUAUUUUAUCUACAAACAAUGGCACUUUGUUGGCAUUACUAAUCGAUUACCUCGCCUCAACAUUUCUCUCCGAAUACUAUUGCGUUUGUGUAGUGAAUUCCGAACAUGAUCACAUUCCUCUCAAUGUUGCACUUCCGAGAAUAGUUUUCAAUGGUGAUGUGAAUUUUUACCAGAAUUUUCAAUAUGGGGUGGACAGUGGGUGUCGAGCAUUCAUUGUCCAAGAACCGACCCUGUGGCCAUUCUUAGAUGGAUUUAUAACUAUUCACGACAAAUCAGACCAGCGUUCGGACAAGAAGAAGUUAAUAGUUUUAUCAGAUUCACCAGUAACCGGAACGUUGAAAAGAAUAUGCGAUCAUCCAAGCAUAAAAGAACUUCCCGAAACGGUUAUCAUAGGUUAUCAUGUUGCCGAACAUGAGAAUGAAUCUAUCGAUGCAUACACAACAGAAAUCUUCAGCGAUGGAACAAGAGGUUCUACGAUCGUUGAUGUUCGUCCCAUCAUUCCUCCGAAUUAUUUUCCGAAAAAGACCCAAAUGAACGGUAUCCCAAUAAGAUUCAGAACAGUCAUGUAUCCUCCAUUUGGAUAUUAUGAGGAAACGACAAUCGAGAAAGCAAAUGCUCGAUAUGAUCCACAGUAUGGAACAGACGAUACACCAUUGUUCAUCGAUGGAACGGAACCUUCACUGCUGGUAGAAUUUUGCCAUAGAUACAAUUGUACCAUCGAAGCAUAUUUUGAUGAGACUGAACUAUGGGGAGCAGUCUUCGACAACCACACAGGGACAGGUCUGCUAGGAGCUGUUGCUACGCGAAAGGCAGACUUCGCUGUAGCGGCCAUUUACUACUGGCUUGAGGUUUACAGAUUUGCCGCCUUUACCGCUCCAAUCGGAAGAUCCGGUGUAACUGUACUCGUACCGAGAGCACGGAUGGUCGCACCAUGGCGAACCCCGUUCCUAACAUUUUCCAGAUCUCUUUGGAUAGCCGUAGCUGUGGCGUUCAUUGCUGGAAUGAUGUCAGUAUGGCUGAUCGAAAGGAUUCGCUUUCGUGAGAUGAAUAAAACUAAGGAUCGGGAUAAAACACUUAGCGAUUCAGUGCUAACCCUGAUAGGAUUCUUCAUGGAGCAAACCGCAUAUAUGCGAAACGAUGUCCUUUCUUGUGCCUUCCUGUACACCUCACUGCUGUUCGCCGGUUUUAUGAUUAGUAACUUAUACGGAGCUGGCCUAGCCACCAUAAUGACAAUUCCUCAGUACGGGCAUGGAAUCGACAAUACGAUAGAUCUUGCGGCCAGCGGCAUUCCAUUCGCAGGAUCAGAUCUGGCGUGGAUAUUCGCGAUCAUGAACGCCUCACAGCCUCACCUGAGAACCCUAGUCAAAAACUAUCUCGUAGGCGAUAGAAACUUCUUCACGCAGCAUCGGAGAACUCGAGACAUGGGAUUCAUUGGCGAACGUACCGAAUUUGGCCACUUCGGGCCAGUUGACUUCGUUGAUGCGGAAUCAUCCAAAGUACUGCGAUUGCUUAAGGACGACUUGGCUUGGGAAACUACCGCAGCACUCGUCACCAAGACUUGUCCCUUCAGAGGAAGAUUCGACGAGUUUUUGAUGAGAAUCAGACAGUCGGGCAUUCAAUACUACUGGGAGCUUAGGAUAGUAAAUCGAUAUAUAAACGUGAACGUACAACAGAAUAUCUUCAAAACCGGACCAAUAAACAGUGACAGUGAAGCGGCACCACUUUUACUGAUUCAUGUGACGGGCGCAUUCAUGAUCCUAGGAUUUGGACUUACAAUCAGCACCUUCGUAUUUAUUUGGGAAUAUUUAAACAGCAAAUGGACGGGAAGGCAAUUUGCAAGAAAUUGA